UGUCCGCUCGGAUGAUGCGUAAAGGGGACCUCGGAGUGUCUAUGGAAAGCCCCUUUAACCCGACACGGAGCCGCAAUAAUGUCCCCAGCCUCAGCAGCCACGGCCAGCGAGAGCAGCACCAUCACUGUCCCCGGAGAAGAACCGGAGAGCCCGCGGGAAGAGCAGCGGCCGGUGAGGCAGUCCCUGUCCAAGUGUCUGUGUCAGGAGAGCCAGUGGAAGUGCCUACUGCUGUCCCUGCUCAUGUACGCUUGUGUGGGGGCCAUGGCCUGGUGCCAGCUCACCACAGUCACACGCCUCUCCUUCGACAGUGCGUACAAGGGCAAGUCUAUGAUGUACCACGACAGCCCCUGCUCCAACGGAUACAUCUACAUUCCUCUGGCCUUCCUGCUCAUGCUCUAUGUGGUGUACCUGGUGGAGUGCUGGCACUGCCACACCCAGAACCAGCUGCAGUACAAGGUGGAUGUGGACAACGUGAGCGAGCGCAUCGAGAGGAUGCAGCAGGCCACCCCCUGCAUCUGGUGGAAGGCCAUCAGUUAUCACUAUGUACGCAGGACACGACAAGUGACCCGCUACCGCAACGGAGACGCCUACACCACCACACAGGUCUACCACGAGAGGGUCAACACCCAUGUGGCAGAGGCAGAGUUCGACUAUGGAAACUGUGGGGUCAAAGACAUAUCUAAGAAGUUGGUGGGCCUGGAGAGCUUCCCAAUCACACGACUGAGGUUCACCAAGUGCUUCAGCUUUGCCAAUGUGGAGUCUGAGAACUCCUACCUCACACAGAGGGCUCGCUUCUUCACGGAGAACGAGGGUCUGGACGACUACAUGGAGGCGCGAGAGGGCAUGCACCUGAAGAAUGUGGACUUUAAGGAGUACAUGAUGGCCUUUUCUGAUCCCAGCCACCUCCCAUGGUAUGCCACUCACUCCACCUUCUGGGUGGCAGCUGCCCUGACCCUGUCCUGGCCCCUCAGGGUGCUGAUGGAGUACCGGACAGUCUGUGCACACUACCAUGUGGAGAAACUCUUUGGCUUUGACUAUGUCCCCAGCUCGCCCUCAGAGGAGAGGCCAUACAGCAGGCGCAUCCCGCGGGUCAACACCAUCGACAGCACAGAGCUGGAGUGGCACAUCCGCUCUAACCAGCAGCUGGUGCCCAGUUACUCGGAGUCUGUGCUCAUGGACCUGUCGCAGCGAUCUGAGGGAGGCUACAGUUACAGACAGAGCUGUGAGCGGUGCCAGCGCGCCAUCAGUAGCUCCUCCAUCUUCUCCCGCAGUGCCCUCAGCAUCAGCACCACGCCCUGCCUGCCCUUCAGCUCCAGCCGCUUGUCUCUGGGCCGCCUGCACAGCCUGUGGAGGAGCAGUGGGAGUCUGAACGAGGCCUGUCCUACGGAAAGCACUCGCCUGUCAGAGCCCAUGCCCCGGGAGGACGGCCCCCCUGACUACCAGGAUGCACUGUAUUUCCCUGUGCUCAUAGUACACCGUAAUGAAGGAUGCCUCAACCACGACCACCACACCCUGCACAGGAACGGCUCCUGUGUGGAGACCUCCUUAUGA